GAUCUGGUCUACGUCACAAGUAGGAAGUGGAUACGGAAAUGCUUAACAAACAGCUACAGGUGUAGUAUUCAAGGCGAACCUGCUCGUCACAAGUCACAGCUUUUCGGUCAAGAUGUUGAAGGCGGUUAUUUUAAUUGGAGGCCCCCAGAAAGGCACAAGGUUCAGACCGCUGUCAUUUGAAGUGCCCAAACCCUUGUUUCCAGUAGCUGGUGUGCCCAUGCUGCAGCAUCACAUCGAAGCAUGUGCCAAGGUACCAAAUAUGAAGGAGAUUUUGCUCAUUGGCUUUUAUCAGCCAAAUGAAGAACUGACCAGAUUCCUGUUUAAUGCACAGCAGGAGUUCAAAAUUUCCAUCAGGUAUUUGCAGGAGUAUGCAGCCCUGGGCACCGGAGGGGGCAUCUAUCACUUCAGAGAUCAGAUUGUGUCCGGCAGUCCAGAGGCUUUCUUUGUUCUGAAUGCUGAUGUUUGCUCAGCAUUUCCUCUCGCAGAGAUGCUCAGCUUCCAGAAGGAACACGGAGAACCAAACAGCUUUGUUAUCCUUGGGACAACGGCAAACCGAAAGCAAUCCAUGAAUUAUGGCUGUAUUGUUGAAAACGAGGAAACAAAUGAGGUCUUGCAUUAUGUGGAAAAGCCAAGCACAUUUGUCAGCGAUAUCAUAAACUGUGGAAUAUACCUCUUUAAACCAGACAUCUUCCAGCACAUCGGCGCCGUCUUCCAGAAGAACCAACAGGACAUGUUGCUAAAUCCAUACGAUGGAGAGGAGCCAACCAACGGCUGGCACCGAGCAGAGGCCAUCAGGCUAGAGCAGGACAUUUUCACUGCCCUGGCAGGACAGGGCAAACUCUACGUCUAUAAAACCCUCGGCUUUUGGAGCCAGAUUAAAUCUGCGGGGUCUGCAAUUUAUGCCAGUCGGUUGUACCUCAACCAGUAUCACACAACUCAUCCUGAAAGACUGGCCUCAAAUAAGGAGGGAGGGCCCAAAAUAAGUGGUAAUGUCUAUAUUCAUCCUACAGCCAACAUUGACCCCACUGCUAUGUUGGGUCCCAAUGUCUCUAUUGGCACUGGAGUCACUAUUGGUGCUGGGGUCAGAGUUCGAGAAUCCAUCAUCCUUCAUGGUGCAACUCUACAGGAUCACUGCUGUGUUUUGAACAGCAUUGUGGGAUGGGACAGCACCAUUGGCAAGUGGGCAAGAGUAGAAGGAACCCCAAGUGACCCAAACCCCAACGAUCCCUUCGCAAAGAUUGAUAGCGAGACCCUCUUUAGAGAAGGAAAACUCACACCUUCAAUUACUAUUCUCGGUUGUAACGUGACCAUCCCUUCUGAGGUGAUUAUACUCAACUCGAUCGUCCUCCCGCACAAAGACCUCAACCGCAGCUUCAAAAACCAAAUUAUUCUCUAGUUAAUCUUCCUCGCGCUUCUGUCCACUUACUGUCACUGAUAAAGGAUGCAGCUGGGCGCACGCCGGCACUGCCUCUGAGUUACUGUAUAUAAGAUGUCAAAAAUGAAGAUGUGCGGCAUUCAUUAAAUAGUUUUGAAAGAUAGAUUUUUAUAUAUUUGUCCUCAAGCCUUUAUGCAUCAUUGGGUGUCAGCAACAUUAGAGAGAGGCUAAUCACGCAUGUUGAUUCACCUUGAAAAGUGCUGUCAUGCCAGAGGUUUAUAUUAUUUUUUUUAUUAACUUCACCGAACUGUAAAAUUACUGCAAACACUAGUGUAAUAUAUUUGGUUGGAUGUAAUAUGACGUAAAAAAAAGGGCUUUCUCAAGGGCAUCCUUGACAAGGGUUGAUACCUGUAGCUUCAGCGUGAGAAGUUAUUAGAAAAUAAAAAAAUCCCUGUCUAAUGACUGCUGUUAAUUUUUUUUAUUGCUGAUUAUUUGUGUGGAGCUCUGAUUAAAACCGUUAAGUAUCUUCCCGGUUAGUCUCAAAAAUUGACUACCACCUAAAUCAGCGGGCUUGAGAUUUACAUUGCAAUCAAGUAACGUUGCCUUUUUAAAAUGUGAACCUAGCAGGGGGGCCUUGAGACCGUGCCAUACAAGCAGCAACAGCAGAUGCUUAAAUUGUGCAUUUGCAAUCACUGGAGGAACUGUUCCAAUUUAUGGAUACAGCACAUUAACAUUUACUUAUUAAGCCCUCGAGCACUCAUGAUCACUUCAGCACUUUUGUUCCAAUUAUUGCAAAGAGAGUGUCUAUUAAGUUGUGAUGUAAAUUGUCAUACAGGAACUGCAGCAUAAUAUAUUGUAAUCAAAGUCUCUUCAAUGCUACCCUCCAGUGCAAUGGGAAAACAAGUCUAUGUACAUCUUUUUUUAAUGUAGUUUAUUUCAGGUUUUACUUGUAGGUGCCUGUACCAUUGUUUAUUCAGGUGCCUUACCGUUUCAAAAGAACUGCCUCAUGCCAGUCUAAGGCCUGUCAUUACAGUGUUUUUAUCUAGGUGGGAUGUUCAUCAAUUGGGUCUACCCCCACGCUCUUCACACGAAAGGCAAUCCUAAAAUUCAUUAGAACAAAUAUGCGUUCCACUCACAGAUUUUACUCUGCUCCUUUAGUUUUUGUUAAAGCUUUUUUUGUGUUGUGUUUGUUUUUUUGCAAAGGUUUCAUCGAUUUCCUAAUUGUAGGUUGUCUGUAUGUUACAUUCAUUGUUUUCACCUGACAACAUUUAGAGGUUCACCGAAACAGUUAUUCAUUAAUAUUAUCAUUAAAAGAAAAAAAAAAAGUCUUUACAGUGUGACAUAACAGUGGUGCAAGGCUAUGUCUUGAAUAAGGGAUGUGAUAGAGAUCAGGGAAGUAGAAAGGUUGAAUUUCUUAUAGUGAGUAUUUAUAUGUAUUAACAGCAUAGACAAUGGUAACAAACCUCUUUGUAAUGUGAAGUCACCAGCUGAUGGAAAAUGAAAAGAAAUGUCAUCCUUGUCUAGUACGCAGUGUUUAUCUAAUUAAACAGUGUUGUACAUGAUGUCAGGUGAUGGAAGCUUAGGAUGUCAACGAAAUACCUGAAUCCAGAGUGGACUGCAUAAUAAAAGUUCAAAACCCCA